CCAUUUGUGAUUUUAUUGUGGGGGUUUGCGCGACGCCCGAUGUGCCUCCGACCUCAAUGCACGACAAAUUCCGGAUGCGUCAUGCUCUAAAACAGUUUGCCAACAUUUACAUUGCACUUUCGCACGCGCGUUAUCGAGAAAAAAAUUACUAGGAGUCAUUUGAUUCCCUAGCCACUUUGUAAACAGUCAUCUAUAACCUCAAUGUUUUGAUUGUAGAUAAGCAUAUUGGAAUAGUAAUUUGUUACGAUCGGAAUUAAAGGGUUUUCUUUCAAAUUCAGAUUCAGGAUGCAUCGACAUACAAAUGCUGAUUAUAAUAAAAACCGUAUGGAUGUUCUUCCUCCUGAGUUGGAAAGUCAAUUCAUUCUACGAUUACCUCAGAAACCAGCUCAAGUAUUGAAGGAAUCAUUACAAGCUGGUCAUCCAUUAAAAGAUAGACUUUCUAUCAAAAUUGACAAUGAUAUGAGAUAUGGAGAGGUUAAAAUUGAUCAAUGGCUAUUACAUGCUAAGGUCGUCGAUUUACCAACUAUUGUAGAGUCCUUAAAAACGAUUGAUAAUAAAAGUUUUUAUAAAACAGCUGACAUUUGCCAGAUGGUUAUUUGUAAGGAAGAAGAUGACCAUACUACCGACGAUGAAUCGCCGGUAAGGCAAAAGAAAAAAGAUCCUAACAAAGUCGAUAGGAAAUUUUUGUGGCCACAUGGCCUUACACCACCUACCAAAAAUAUUCGUAGAAGACGAUUUAGAAAGACUCUUAAGAAAAAAUACGUGGAAGCUCCUGAAAUUGAAAAGGAGGUCAAACGUUUGUUAAGAGUAGAUAACGAUGCUGUUAACGUUAAAUGGGAAGUCAUUUGUGAAGAUGAAGACAGUACCAAACCCAACAAAAUAUCUAAUUCCGGUACUGUCAAAGGAAAAAGGGAAACCAAUGAUUCAUCCCAAAACGUUGACGUAGCUGAACACGACAUAUUUGGUGAAGCUGUUAGUGACAGUGAAGAUGAAGAUGAAGAACCCAAUAUUAAUGUAAUGGAAUUAGAUGAGAAUAGCCGUUUAUCCGCUGACAGCCGAGUCUCUGAUUCUAAUUCAUUGCAAGUGGGCUAUUCUGAACGAUCAGGACAGGAUACAAAUACAUGUAGUGAACUACUUACAGAGUUCAGUAAAGAUAUGUUUCCAUCAGAGAAUGCUGAUGAACAGGAUGCUCGAACAACUGAAGAGAAUAUUUCGAAAGUUCCUAAGAUUGAAGAUUUCCAUUCUGAAUAUAUCAUACCAGAUGAUUCAGAAGCUCAAACUAUAAAUAUACCAAAAGAUACAUUGCAAUGUAGGCUAGUAUCAUUACAUAAUGAAUUAGCAGAAUUACGUCAAAGACGACAGCUUCAAGAAGCGGAAAUAGCAAAUAUAGAGAAUCUUAAAUUACGACAAAGAUUCCAAGAAAUCUUGGACAAACUUUUGACGGAAGAGAUGCAAAAAAUGCAGGAGAUUCAAGAUUUAGAACUAGAGGGAAAAUACACGAUUGAAUAAUACUAGUGUGCGCUGGUCGGGAUGAACAUGAUUAUGAAUAAAAUCAUUUUCUAAGAUAUAUUUUUAAUUUUUGACUAUAGAAUGGUCUUGAAAUUAUAUAUUUCUAAGUUAUAUUAUUAUAAUAUAAUAAUUGCACAUACCAAACUGGAAAUUCGUUUGUUGCUAUUACUCUAAUAUUUUUUUUAAAGUAUAUUGCUACAAAUUUUUCAAAUUGAUUUAUCAUUUCUAUAUUCUUCACGAAUAAAUAAACUAAAAUAACUAAUAGUAUGUCUGUUUUUAAUAUACUUACAUUUAUGUAAAUAUAUAUGCUGUUAAAAUUAUAAAAUCCAUCAUUCCUUUUAAUAAAAUACUGUCAAUUAUUACACAGUAGAUAAGAACAUGAGCAUAGAAAAUUGCCAAUUUCAUUCAAUUCUCAUUAUAUUAUAUAUAAUAAGUAAAUUAAUUAUUUGGCCCCUUUAUAAGGAUUAUUUUAUAUAAAAAAAAUCUAUAUUAAAAUGCAACUGAUAAACUGUAACAAAAAGAUCUAAAAUUUAUAUCUGAAAAACAAUUUUUAAAUAAAAAUAUGACAAUAUUCAUUAACAGCUCAAU